AAACCCAGAUGGAGACCACAAGCCCUGGUGUUUUGUUAAGGUUAACAGUGAGAAGGUGAAAUGGGAAUACUGUGAUGUCACUGUCUGUCCAGCCCCAGAUACUCCUGACCCAGAGGGAAGCCUUCUGGAGCCUGUGAUGGAGCUGCCAGGGUUCAACUCCUGUGGGAAGACAGAGAUAGGGGAGCACACCGUCAAGCGCAUCUAUGGGGGCUUUAAGAGCACAGCGGGCAAGCACCCAUGGCAGGUGUCCCUGCAGACCUCACUGCCACUCACAACCUCCAUGCCUCAAGGUCACUUCUGUGGGGGCUCCCUGAUUCACCCCUGCUGGGUGCUCACCGCAGCCCACUGUACUGACAUAAGCACCAGGCAUCUGAAAGUCGUGCUAGGGGACCAGGACCUGAAGAAGACAGAAUCUCAUGAACAGACCUUCAGGGUGGAAAAGAUACUGAAGUACAGUCAGUACGUUGAAAAAGAUGAGAUCCCCCACAAUGACAUUGCUUUGCUCAAGUUAAAGCCUGUGGAUGGUCACUGUGCUCUGGAAUCCAAAUAUGUGAAGACCAUAUGUUUGCCCAGUGACCCCUUUCCGGCCGGGACUGAGUGCCACAUCUCCGGCUGGGGUGUAACAGAAACAGGGGAAGGGUCCCGCCAGCUCCUGGAUGCUAAAGUCAAGCUGAUCUCUAACCCUUUGUGCAACUCCCACCGACUCUAUGACCGUACAAUUGAUGACAGUAUGAUCUGUGCAGGGAACUUGCAGAAGCCUGGAUCAGACACCUGCCAGGGUGACUCUGGGGGCCCUCUGACCUGUGAAAAAGAUGGCACUUAUUUUGUCUAUGGGAUUGUGAGCUGGGGUCAGGAAUGUGGCAAGAAGCCAGGCGUCUACACUCAAGUCACCAAGUUCCUGAACUGGAUCAAAAGCACCGUGCACAGGGAGAGCAGCUUCUGA